AUGUCUGAAUUACAAUACGAUGGCCAGGUUUGCGUGGUUACUGGUGCGGGUGCCGGUCUAGGCCGAGCGUACGCUCGAUUCUUCGCAGCUCGUGGAGCAAAGGUCGUUGUCAAUGACUUGGGUGGCUCGUUCAACGCGAAGACCAACGAAAGAAGCGGUGCUGUGGCCGAUCAAGUCGUUGCCGAAUUGAGGAAGAAUGGCUACACAGCUGUGGCCAACUAUGAUCCCGUUCAAGAAGGCGACAAGAUCAUCAAGGCUGCCAUUGACAACUUUGGUCGCAUCGACAUCCUGGUCAAUAAUGCCGGCAUUCUGCGGGACAUCACGCUACGAAAGAUGUCAGACGCCGACUGGGAUGUGAUUCACGAUGUGCACUUGCACGGUGCAUUCAAGACUACGCGUGCAGCAUGGCCAUAUUUCCGCAAACAGAAGUACGGUCGCAUCAUUCAAACAACAUCAGCUUCUGGCUUGUUUGGCAACUUCGGCCAGUCAAAUUAUGCUUCCGCGAAAUUCGCUCUGGUUGGCUUGGCCGAGACGCUUGCGAAGGAGGGAGCCAAAUAUAAUAUUCUAACAAAUGUGCUUGCGCCUGGGGCCGCAUCUCGACUGACCCAGACUGUGUGGCCGAAGGAGAUGAUGGAUUUGAUGGCACCAGAAUGGGUUGUCCCGCUUGUUGGAUAUCUGACCCAUGAAAGUUGUCGCGAGACUGGGUCCAUUUUCGAAGCUGGUGCUGGUCACUUUUCGAAAAUUCGAUGGGAGCGCUCAAAAGGAGUAUUGCUCAAGCCUGACGAGAAUCUGUCUGGCCAGCAUAUCAUCGAAAACUGGAAGAAGAUAGUCGACUUCACUGAUGCAGAACAUCCCAACCAGUCAGCAGACAUCAUGAGCCUGCUCAAGACCACGGCCGGUCUUCCGGCUAAUAAGCCGUUGUCUGCUGAAGGCCUGGGCUUGAAGGGCAAAAUCGCACUUGUCACAGGAGCGGGAGCCGGCCUGGGUCGAGCAUAUGCGAUGGAGCUAGCCAAGCACGGAGCUGUCAUUGUUGUCAACGACGUUGUCAACGCUGGAGCUGUAGCGGAGGAAAUUCGCAAAGCAGGCGGAGACGCUACACAUUGCGACAUCUCUGUAGAGCAAGGCGAUGCUGUUGUCAAUGCUGUGCUCCAGACACAUGGUCGCAUUGAUAUUCUCGUGAACAACGCAGGUAUUCUUCGCGACAAGGCCUUCGCAAACAUGACAGAUGACAUGUGGCACCAGGUAUUAAGUGUUCAUCUGCGAGGCACAUACAAGACGAUCAGAACUGCUUUGCCACACAUGGUGAAGCAGAAGUACGGCCGCAUCGUGAACAUCACAUCCACGUCAGGAGUCUACGGCAACUUUGGUCAAGCCAACUAUGCUGCAGCCAAAGCCGCUGUCCUGGGCUUCACCAAGGCCAUCGCACGAGAGGGCCAAAAGUACAACGUGACGGUCAAUGUUGUAGCUCCAGCAGCCGGAACUAACAUGACCCGUACAAUCUGGCCAGAAGCAGACGUCCGAGCAAUGAAGUCGGAAUACGUCGCACCACUUGUCGCGGCUCUGUGCAGCGAAAAGCCACCUGCAACGGGAGGCAUUUUCGAGGCAGCUGGCGGGUGGUUUGCGCAUACCAGAUGGAAUCGUGCACGCGGCAUGGACUUUGACUUCAAGGCUGGUCCUCCGACCGUUGAGGCUGUAGCAAAGGCGUUUCCCAAGAUCAUCGCUUUCGACAAAGACGCCGACUGGCCAGAAUCUCCACAAGACGGCAACAAAUACACUUCAGGCAUGGCAGUGAAAGCCGCCGGCCUCGAUGACAGCAAGGAGUCGCGAGCCAAGCGCGGAUAUAUCGCCAAAAUCCUCGAAGCCACUCAAGCAAAAUCCGAGCUAUCCACCUACACCUACGACGAUCGCGACGUAAUCCUCUACAACCUAGGCAUAGGCGCCAAACGUACAGAUCUAGACCUUGUCUUCGAAGGCUCCGACAACUUCUCCGUGAUCCCUACUUUCGGCGUCGUCCCAACCUACUUCGCUAAAGCCCCCUGGAACCUCCAAGACAUCGUCCCUAACUUCGACUACCGCCAACUUCUACACGGAGAACAAUACCUCGAAAUCCUCCAAUGGCCCAUCCCCACCGAAGCAACCCUCGAAACCGACAGCAAACUCAUCGAAGUCAUCGACAAAGGCAACGCAGCAAUCGUCAAACGCGGCAACACAACCUUUGACAAAUCCACCAAAAAACCAAUCUUCUACAACGAAGGCACAAUGUUCAUCCGCAAAGCUGGCGGGUUCGGCGGCCAACGUACACCCUCCGACCGCGGAGCCGCGACAGCAAUGAACAACCCUCCAUCCCGCAAAGCAGAUAAAAUCAUCGAAGAGAAGACCUCCGAAGAUUUGGCAGCUAUCUAUCGUCUCAUGGGCGAUCGUAACCCGCUCCAUAUCGAUUCCAAAUUCUCCAAAGUGGGAGGAUUUGAAGUACCAAUUUUACAUGGUCUGGCGACGUUUGGGAUUACAGGGAAACAUAUCUUCCAAUCGUAUGGCGCAAUGAAGAGUUUUAAAGUGAGGUUUGCGGGUGUUGUGUUGCCCGGUCAGACGAUUGUGACGGAGAUGUGGAAGGAGGGCGGGAAAGUGAUUUAUCGGGCGAAGGUGAAAGAGACGGGGAAGCCUUGUAUUUCGAAUGCGGCGGCGGAGGUUUGGGAUGGCGCAUCGAAAGCGAGGUUGUGA